GGCGGAGAGCGCAAGAACCGGUUGGAAGAAGCAUGACAGCGAGGGGAGAUGAAUCUCCAGCUCAGCAAUCCUAACCCCAGCUCUUUCAUUAAGGAGCUAUGUGACCUCGGGCAAGUGUCUUCCUCUCCGCAGGCUGCGGUGCCUGUGUUUGUAAAAUGAGGGCUUGGAUUGGCUGGUCUCUGAUGUCCCUUCCCGGAUUGAUGCUCCGGGAUCCUGUCAUCAGCGUGAAGACUGUGAAGGGAGCAGGUAAAUGGAAGAGCUGGAGACUCGGAAAGCACACCGAAUAGAACAAAUGGUGGCGAGAUGGCUUCGACGCUCCCGGGACAGCUCCGCCCGGGCUAAAGUUGCUGCAGCUGAUGGGUCCCCUGGGAUCCCAACCCAGACCCUCAUCCCUGUGAGACACACAAUAAAAAUAGACAAAGACGCCCUCCUGCAGGACUAUGGAUUUCAUAUUUCCGAGAGCCUUCCCCUCACAGUGGUGGCCGUCACACCAGGGGGCUGUGCUCACGGCAAGCUUUUCCCUGGCGAUCAGAUCCUCCAGGUGAACAACGAGCCGGUGGAAGACCUCUCCUAUGAGCGAGCAGUGGAUAUUCUGAGGGAAGCUGAAGAUUCUCUUUCAAUAACAGUUGUUCGCUGCACGUCGGGAGUCCCCAAGUCCUCCUUCCUGACGGAGGAGAAGAGAGCCCGGCUGAAGACCAACCCGGUGAAGGUGCACUUUGCUGAGGAAGUGCUGGUCAGCGCACAGAGCCAGGGAAACUCUCUGCUGUGCAUGCCCAACGUGCUCAAGCUGUACCUGGAGAACGGACAGACCAAAGCUUUCAAGUUCGAAGCGGACACCACUGUGAAGGACAUCAUCCUCACGGUGAAGGAGAAGCUGUCAAUCCGGUGCACGGAGUACUUCGCGCUGGUCCUGGAGGAGCAGUACAACGUCUCCCGGCUGCACCUGCUGCAUGAGGAGGAGCUCAUCCAGCAGGUGGUAGAAAAGGAAGAGUUACAAGACUACCGCUGCCUCUUCAGGGUGUGUUUUGUUCCCAAGGACCCCCUGGACCUCCUGAAAGAAGACCCCGUGGCCUUUGAAUACCUCUACCUGCAGAGCUGCAGCGACGUGCUGCAGGAGCGCUUUGCCGUGGAAAUGAAGUGCAGCUCUGCACUCAGACUGGCGGCCCUGCACAUCCAGGAGCGGAUCUACGCGUGUGCCCAGCCGCAGAAGAUCUCUCUGAAGUACAUAGAGAAAGACUGGGGGAUAGAGAACUUCAUCUCGCCAACGCUACUCCGAAACAUGAAAGGCAAAGACAUCAAGAAAGCCAUCAGCUUCCACAUGAAGAGGAACCAGAACUUGCUGGAACCCCGACAGAAGCAACUUAUUUCUGCUGCCCAGCUACGUUUAAAUUAUCUACAGAUCCUUGGGGAACUCAAGACAUAUGGCGGGAAAAUCUUUAAUGUUACUUUAAUGUUACAGGAUAGAGAAUCCUAUGUUGCCCUUCUCGUUGGAGCCAAGUAUGGGAUUAGCCAAAUUAUCAAUAGCAAACUCAACAUCAUGUCCACGUUGGCAGAGUUUGCAAACAUCAGCCGCGUCGAGCUGACGGAAGAGUCGGAGAAAGUGGGCAUGGUCAAAGUGUACCUGCAGGACAUCAAGGUUCUGACUUUGUUGCUGGAAUCCAACAGUGCCAAGGACCUGGCCUGCCUGGUCGCCGGGUACUACAGGCUGUUUGUCGACCCGGUUACCUCCAUCUUCCUCUGGCCGGGGAACAAGCAGCAGGUGCACCGAGUGUCUGCGGAGGAAGGCUACGAGUCCCGGGCAUGCAGCGACUCCGAGGAGUCCUCCGACGUGGACUGCGUGCUGGAGCCCCUCUCGGACCAGCACCCGCCCCGGCCGGGCGCUGGCCGAUCUCCCGCCAACGAGGAGCAGCCUCCCAUGGCCGGCCCCGCGCCUGAGGUGGCCGGGAGAGGCCCGAGCGCCUGCGGGGCCAGCAGCACGACCGACAGCGCCGAGUCCGAGGCCUCCGACUCGGCCAACACCGAGAGCCGCGGCUGCAGGACCAGCGGCUCCAGCGAGUCCAUGGACGCCCUGGAGGAGGAUGACCUGGACGCCUGCUCCUCCAGCAGGUCCGGCUUCUUCCACUUGGGCCCGCCGGGCUUCCCGGAGAGAGUCGUGGACUGUGACAGCCAGGAGGAGAGGCGCCGGAUCGAGACCAGCGGCUUCCUCUGCCUCCUGGACCUGGCCCAGCGCGCCAGCCCGCAGCCCCAGGAGACGGAUCCCGCGGAGAGUCCCGCGCCGGGGACACUGGGCUGGGCGCCCGACCCCGGGCCGGCCAGGCUGGACCCCGGGCUGUACGAGGGCAGCCGCGCCGACUACUACAGCCUGUGCUCCAGCGGCUCCCCGGCCCGGCACCUGAGUGACAGCUCGGACAGCAUGGCCUCCCGGCAGGGCGGGGGCCCACAGGGCUGGCCUGGGGCCCAGCCCAGCUCCGCGCCCGAGGCCCCGGGCCCUGCCUGCGAGGAGGGCAGCUCGGACGAGGAGUACUAUGACGCCGCCGACAAGCUCACACCCCCCGGCACGCUCUCAGGGCCCGGGGCCAUUUCUGCUGCGGAACCUGGCGCCGCCCGCGCACACAGCGAGGCCAGCUCUGGCAGCCCCGAGGACGAGGAGGACGGCCUGAACACUGGGCCCGGCGGGGGAGAGGCCCGCAGGAGGGGAGGGGCGAAGAAGUACGCCAAGACCCUGCGGAAGAGGAGGUCUUUCCUGCAGACCGACUACACCUGCCAGGUCUCCUUCCCGCUGGCGCCGGCGGCCGCCCUGGAGGACGCGGACGCCGUGUGCUACUACGACAGGGAGCCCUACCUGGCCCUCGGGGCGCCCUCCCCGACCGUGUCUUCGCUGCAGGACGUGCAAGGGGAGCCCGGCCUGCUGGAGACCAAGGCCCUGGGGCCGCUGGGCCCCCUGAGGGAGGCCAGGAGCAAAAACCCGGCCUCCCGGGCCAUGGAGAUGGAGCCGGAGACCAUGGAAACCAAGUCUGUCAUCGACUCUCGGGUGUCUUCUAUCUCCGCCAUCCGCCUCCGGAUCGACCCCGGUCCCAGAGAGAACUCUGGGGGUGCCCCUGCGCCUGCCGCCAGUGCCUGUGGCCCAGCAAGCACCCCUAACUGUCCCAGCCCGGGUUCGCCUGGCCCAGAUGCUGCUCGGACAGAGUCUUCCCAAACUCUACCUGCGUCUCAAGACUCGGGCGGCAGUGCCCCCGGAGAACUCUCCGCGGAGCGUGCGGGCAGCACCCGCCCCCUGUCCAGCGCGGAGCCAGACUCAGGCGGCGCCUGCCUGGCCAGCAGCCCGGGGCCGCCCCCCGUCUCUCCAGGAGACACACCGGAGCCGGGAGGCGUCCUGUUGGGAACAGGGUUGGGACCUCUGUUUACAAAUCCUACGCAAGAGACGGCCCCCCAGGACACCGAGCCUUUGCUGCCUCUGGGAGACGGGCCUGGACGUGGCGAAUGUGGAAUACAUUCGGGAGAGGAGACGGCUUCUUUCCCGGUAAAGGAAGAGCGCCGGGGACCAUGGUCGCUGGCACGCAAUGGAGACGUUACAGGCAAAAAUGGCACCAACGUGGGUCCUGACGGGCCCGGGGAGGACCCGGGGGACCCUGCGGGUGACGGGUCGAGCGCUGUUCUGCAGACGAUCCGUGUCAGUGUUCCCGAUGGUGGGAUAACGGCCCCCCUCCCCUCGGAGACGCCUGUGACCCCAGCACACUCCCCCACCGAACUCCAAGGGCAGAGCAGAGAAGCCCCAGGCCACGCCUGCCAGGCCCCAGAGCAAGAACUAUUGGCAGCACUGGAUGCAGACCCGGAUCUCCUGCCUGGGAACCAGACCCUGCCGUCAGCCUGCCCUCUGGAGGAGGUCACAGCGGAGCCGCUUAACCAUGUGAUGGGGGAAGACACCGGCCCCGGGGACACCCCUCAGCAGGUCUGUUUUACUCCUGGGCCUUCUCCACUGCACCCACUCCCAUGCCCCCGAGGGGAGCCCCAUGUAGAAGGUACACACCAGUGUUGGCUGUCAGACAGCGGAGACGAAACCCCGAGCAUCUGCCUCCCGGCGGAGAAGGCUUUCCUGUGCUCUCCCCCAGAGAGCCUCCCUAAAGUUCCUGCCGGUCUCAGGACGGCCGCCUGUCUGGGGCUUGCGGGGGUGAAUGAGACGGUGGCCCCCGGGAUUGGCAUGGAGCAGUGCAGCUGCCAGCUCUCCUACGCCACCUGCUUCCGCGGCCUGCAGCCGGAGACGGAGGAGGGAGACAGGGACUCGGAAGCACACCCCGCCGCCCCCCUCACCUCGCCGCCCUCUGCGGGGAGCGGGCUGGCCCUGCCCUGGAGGCCGGCCCGGGCCCACAGCUGCAGCGCGGAGCCCCCGUCCAGGAGCAGCCGCUGCCGCGUCUGGCCGGAGUACUGCUCCAGGGCCCUGACCCGGUUGAAAGCCGCCCCCGCCAGCACUCCCGAGGGCUUCCUCCGCCUCUCCGAGAGCUUGCUGGAAUUGCAGGACAUUUUAGAAGCUUCCUGGGGGCACGGGGACAAGCACCCCCCAGAGAAGUGCACCUGGCACUUCUCCGAGAGCCGGAGCCACCUCUGCACGGGCUCCCAGAAGCUCCUGUCCAGCUGCCAGCACGUGAUCAGGAUGGACCAGUCCCCCGAGGAGAUGCAGGGCGCCGUGCGCGACACCUUCCCGUACCUGGUCCAGCUGGCCGGCCUGUGCUUCCAGCUCACGGACUGCAGCCGCUGCUCCGCCCAGCACCGGGAGGCCACCGGCAACCUCAGGGACGUGGUGCACACCUACCACCGGUUCGUGGAGGCCGCCCAGCUGGCCUGCGAGAGAGGCUACCACGACCUGAGCGUGAAGCUCUUGGCCCGCCAGUGCACGGCCCUCACCGCCGCCGUGUUCUGUUUGACCCAGAGGUUCCGGGCGUCCACCGCCCUGUGAAUCCCCCUGCCCUGCCCUGGAUGCUUCCCGGGAAGCCUCUUCCGUGUCCCUCCACCCACCCUCUCAGAUGUUUACUAUUCAGAGUAUUUAAAUAAACGGCUGCUUCACCUCGG